AUGAUAUGGAGGGGAUUGGAACACCUGAAUCACAUGAUUUGGAGGGGAUUGGAACACCGGAAUCACAUGAUUGGAGGGGGAUUGGAACACCUGAAUCACAUGAUAUGGAGGGGAUUGGAACACCUGAAUCACAUGAUAUGGAGGGGAUUGGAACACCUGAAUCACAUGAUAUGGAGGGGAUUGGAACACCUGAAUCACAUGAUAUGGAGGGGAUUGGAACACCGGAAUCACAUGAUAUGGAGGGGAUUGGAACACCUGAAUCACAUGAUAUGGAGGGGAUUGGAACACCUAAAUCACAUGAUAUGGAGGGGAUUGGAACACCUGAAUCACAUGAUAUGGAGGGGAUUGGAACACCAGAAUCACAUGAUAUGGAGGGGAUUGGAACACCUGAAUCACAUGAUAUGGAGGGGAUUGGAACACCUGAAUCCAAUUAUUUGGAGGGGAUUGGAACACCAGAAUCACAUGAUAUGGAGGGGAUUGGAACACCUGAAUCACAUGAUAUGGAGG